AUGGGUUUUAUAACUACUUUUAUUGCCGCCUUGGCUUGCCUUCCUCUGGCCUUCACAUCUCCUAUCGAGGCUACAAACAAUACCCUCCAGGCUCGACAGGCUUGCACUUAUGGCGGUACUUGGGAGGACUUCCCGCCUAUGAGUGAAUGGUGGGCUUGGGGUGACAUCUUCAAUGCUUACGAGCAAUCCAUGGUGAACGCCGGCUCAAGCUGGGACGAUGUUGGCCGCAUUGCCGUAGCCAUUGAGGAUGCUGCCGCCGCCAUUGGUGUCGAUGAGCGUGUCAUUCUCGGAAUCAUUCUUCAGGAGAGCAGCGGCUACGUCGGCGUCCCUUGCACCGGUGGCGAUGACUGUGGUAUCAUGCAGUGUGAGGGCUGCCCUGGCUACCCCGGCCAGAACGAAUUGUCUCAGCACAUCAAGUCGAAUCUGGAGGACUUCGGUAACCUCGACGAUCCCUCGUCUAUCUACCCUGCACUCCGUGAGUACAACUCUGGUAGUGUCGACUCAGGCGACCUGAGUGUCGCCGCGGGUGGUUACGGUGUCCCUUGUUAUGUCAGCGACGUUGCGCGGCGUUUCAUGGGUGAGGUUUUCUAA